AUGGCUAACGACGAGGAAAACUCUUCCAUGAAAACGACGACGUUGCUGGUAACAGUGGAAGGUAGUAAUAGCGGCAUUGAUAGCGGUAUUGCGAGCAAUAACAACGUCAAUAAUGAAAUCAGUGAUGACGAAAAGGGUGGCAUUUUCGAGGUUGACCACGCUGAUCCCGCGAACCUGACAUUUCUCAACUCCCUGAAGCGAUUCCCCAGAGUCGUCGGUUAUAUCCUGGCUGCAUGCCCCGGUAUAUUGCUCUAUGGAUUCGACAUGGUCAUCGUCAGCACCCUGACUGCAAUGCCUGAGUUCCAACGUGACUUUGGUGAGGUUCGCCGAGGAAAAGCCAUUAUCCCUUCUGCAUGGCUAGGUGUAUGGACUGGUGCUGCAUCCAUCGGCAACGUAGCUGGAGCAGCCAUUGCUGGCUGGGUUGCUGAUCGCUUCGGCCGCCGCUCCUCGCUCAUGUUUGGCGCGCUGCUAUCCAUCAUUGGCAUUGGCAUUUGCUUUUCAUCUGCCUUCGCAGCCGAUAUCGACACCCGCCGAGGCACAUUCCUGGUGGGCAAGAUUAUUGAGGGCUUCGCGGGGGGAGUGGUGAUCUGUGCCGUGCAAAUAUAUACCUCUGAAAUUGUGACGCGUGCGCUGAGGGGCCCCAGCCAGGCACUGCUGCCCGCGAUGGUGAUGGCGGGGCAGCUUAUCGGGGCCUUGGUUGUGUUUGCUUGUUUGUCCCGAAAGGGGUCGGAGGGUUAUCUGAUCGCCGUGGCGUCGCAGUGGGUGCUUUCUUUUCUGCUGGUUGGUAUUGCCAUUGUUAUCCCGGAGAGCCCCCCACAUCUUAUCCGUGUGGGUAAAAUAGACCAGGCGCGCGAGUCGCAGCGACGUCUUCACCGCAAGGAUGUUGAUACGGUUAAGAUGGUUGAUAAGCUUGUUGAGAUUCUGGAGCAGGAGCGGGAGACGGUGAAGAAGGACGGCUCGCAGGUGCGGUUCAUCGAUUGCUUCAGAGGGACUGAUCUGCGGAGAACGAUUAUUGUGCUAGUUUGCCACAUUAUGCCGCAGAAUUUCGGGCUGGGUUUGCUCGCCAAUGCCAGUUACUUCGCCCAGACCCUUGGCAUUGCGCCUGUUGUGAGUGUUGUGUUGUUGGAGGUGGGUAUUGCUGUAGGCCUGAUCGCAAAUAUCAUCGCUGUAUGGACACUCUCCUUUGCAAGGCGGAGGCCGCUCAUGCUCUGGACGCUUGGCCUCACUGGGUUGGUUUGGGGCACAAUGGGAAUUUCUGGGUGCUUUGAUAGCCCCGUGACGAAAUGGUGGGCCGCCGCAAGUAUGGUAAUUAUCAUUUUUGUUUGCGGGAACGGAGUCUGGCCCGCCUCUGUCCUUGCUACGGCAGAGACUUCCUCCCUUCGACUUCGCGGUAGGACUCAGGCAAUCGGCUGGGCUGUGCACGGCAUCUACGCAUGUUCGUUUGCGGUUAUCUUGCCGUACAUUUACAACACCGACAAAGGCAAUCUUGGAGCCAAGAUAGGGUUUGUGUUUUUCGCUCUGUCUAUGUUGAGUUGCUAUAUCAUUUGGUUCUUUGUGCCAGAGAUGGGACGGCGGUCGCCUGCUGAAUUGGAUCUGCUCUUUGAACAUAGGGUUCCCACCAGGGAUUUCUUGAAAUGGUCAGCCGAGAGGAAUGGCCGUAAAGCUGAUACUGCACCUGUAACUGUCAAUGUCGUUAGCAACGAGAGGAGGGAGAAUGAGAGUUCUGAACAUGUCGAGAUAGUGAGCAAGUAG